AGAAGUAGAGAGGUUCAUGAUCGUAAACAAAUAUGGUCUCAGUGUCAGUGGUGGGAGGUUAAUGGUAACACCCUUGGGUCAUCUGCUCUUGGCUCUCUAACCACCAUCACAUAUAGUUAACCUCUACUUCACGAGCUUAAUAUAGUGUCAAGGGUUGGAGCAGUAUGGGUAGUCUACAGGCUGACAUAGGCGAGUUGGCUCAUCAUUUGAAGCAAGAGCGAUUAUUUCUGGAAGCGGAGAAGCACCAAAUACAACUACUCAACGAGAGAGUCGGUAAAACUAUCGAACGAGCUUACCAUGCAUCGUGGGUCAGGGGAGAACAGCAAAGGAACUACGAUGACCUGGUACUGCGACCACACACCUCACCCCCUGCUUGCUGCCAGAGAACCAACCUGCUGAACCAACUCAAGUUCAUCGAUGGCUAUAAAGUUUUGGGAUUUAAUGUAAGUUCAGUAAUGAGGAAUUCUCACGGGGACCUGUUAUCAAGUCUGCGUGAAAACCCCCGACUCGUAGCCAGGUGUCUGGUGGUGGGGGAGAACCAGAGUCAAGAGGUGAUGCAAGUUACAGCCAGGACAGUCUUCUCAUCUAUCUACGCCAAUUGCCUCCUGCCUAAUGAUGAGACCUACGUGCUUAAUCUGUUGAAACACAUGAUGGAACUCCAGUUGGCACGUCAGAGACCCCAAGGGGUGCCCUGCCACUCCGCGCCGCUCAGUCAGGUUUACCGAGCCUACGUCGAUACUCUACCCCAGGCCAAGGUGUUCCUAACGGCCGCUCUGCACCAGCCAAUCGUACAGCUGCUGAUGGAAGACGAACUGUUCCUGGACAUCGACCCAUCCAAGGCCGCCGUCCGCUUCCCGGCCGAGGAACGACUCAGGAGGUUCGGCAAGGAAGGCACCCCUGAGUACAAUGCGGCCCUGGCCAAGUACCGGGCCUGGACCAUAGCCAAGCUGGUCAAGAUUGCCGACAGGUUCAUGGAAAGCAUAAAGGAGGCUAUGAAUUGUUUCCCGCCCCAGUUGUCUUGGCUGGUCAGGAUCCUCUACGACGUGUUGCUAACGGCCAAACGAGCUGACACCAGAGAGGUCAGCGCCAUCUGUGUCGACCUAGUGUUUGCCUUCUUCCUCUGUCCGGCUCUGGUCACACCCGAGCCACACGGGAUCUGUGACGCGCCCAUUUCUCACAUUUCCCGAUUUAAUCUCAUACAGGUGGCCCAGAUUCUACAGGUCCUAGCCAUGAGCAGAUGGGAAAGUCCAGAUGUCCGACUGACUGAUCUGUACUCACACUUCGACAAGGAGGUUAUAUCGGGCGUUGUUGAUGGGAUCCUGAAGGGGCGGGUCAGAGGCUCCACCACCCGGAAAUCAAGAGCAACAGCACCAAGACCCAGAACGAGGGUAGCGGCGAUUCAGAUUCCUAGGUCGUUACAUGAGUCCUCAACGACCCAACAACCACAGCAACUACUUCAAGGACAACAGAGCAGUAUGGAUGAAGGUGACGUCAUGCCUUCCCCUAUAGACUACGACACGGUGCUGGUCAUCUCACUCAACACCUCUAGUCCCCCAGAGUGCCCAGGACUCAUGUCAGAAGAUAAGGUGCUCUCAACUCUACAGGUGAUUUGCCAGCAAGUCAACCUCACGCGUCAGGAUGAACGUAGAAGACGAGGGGGACGGAGGGGGGAGGAAGCCACCAUCGAGAAGAGGACGAGGUUUUCCCUAUCCCACGACGAGGGGUCGAUAGGUAACACCUCUGACAACCUGGAGGCCAUUAGUGAGGCAGCCAGUAAUCACAGUGUUGCCUCUAGUCUUGACGAUGUGGAACAGGAAGAUCAGCCGGACAACUUAUCGGACAUGGUAUCGGCCAAUGUGUCGGGCAGAGGGACCAACGUCUCCGGCCGGGACACUCCGUCAUCCCAGGUGACCGAGGGGGAAGAGGCCGGCCUGAGGAGUGGGGAGGAGAACCAGCCAGCCCCUCCCAACGUCCCGGUACCGCCCCUGCCGCCCGCAGACAUAGAGGAGAAGUUUGGACGUUUCGAGAUCAAGCCGCUGAUCGGCGGAGACGAGACCGUGAUUCUGGUCUCCGACACCUGGAGCACCGACGUGUUGGCCAGCGACUCGGAGACGAUCGAGGCGGCCGACAGGGCCGACCGCGGAGACCAGUUCCACGAUCAACUCCUCAACCGGCAUCUGGCGGAGCUAGACCGGAUGCAGGGAGACUACCUGAGCGGAGACGCAGCCGGAGAGACUUUCGAGACGGCCUCCGAGGCCUGGAGUACGGACGUGCUGGCCUCGGACUCGGAGAGGAUGACGGAAUUCGACACGGACGACGCCCAGAGCGUGGCCAGGUCGGACGACACCGGCCGAUCCGAGGUGGAAGUCGAACUCGGCCCGGGGAGCGACCUGCUCAGACCCGACCCCACACAACAGGAGGAUAACGUCACCCCGGCACACGGAUCUCGUUCUCCGGUCGACGGGGCCAUGGGGGGCAGCGGGGGCAUACUGAAACCCAUGCCUGUUAUGCCCUCGCUGUCAGACACCGGCAACAACACACUGAGCGGCAUACUGAAGCCCAUACCAGUGGUGCAGAAUAGAGGCGGCAGACCGGCGACCCCCCCAGGCGGUUCGGGUCCAACGGCGGAUCUGGUCGACGCCCUGGAGCCCCCCGCUAUAAGCAUGGCCUCGACCGGGGCUAUACCAAAGAGCAUCAGCUUCGACAAGACGGCCGAGAGGGGCGACCGCGAUGCCAUCGACGGAGACGCCAAACACAAACGCGGAUUUUUCAAGAAUUUUAAACUCCCCGGGUUCAAGGGCCGACGUAAACCAGGGAGCAGGUCGGAUGACUCCACUGCCUACAUCCGCGCCGCCUCAACACCCAGGAACGUGAACGAGCCACCAAAAACCGAGGAGGAUGAACGACUGUACAUCGACCCGGCCAGCAUCGAGACGAAGCACGCCUUUGCUGACGCCAAGAGAAAAUUGCGUCUGGUCUUGAGUAUUGCUGACUUCUCUAUGUCGCCUUACCUGCCAGAGUUCGGCCAGCCUACGGGGAAUGACAACAACAGCCUGGAUAACAACGCGUUGACCUGGUUACGUGCCAAUGGGUCUUCUGCUCUUACUGCAGAAUACUAUGGAGGUCAGAGUACUAGGGAGGUCAGAGUACUAGGGGGGAGGUCAGAGUACAAAGGAGAGAGGUUUAAUAUUACCUCCUUACCUCAAUUCUCCCCUCCCAUUUCACCUCAGGGUAGAGAACACCUUGUAAGGAGCCUGGUGGACGACUACCGCAGCAGGUCACCCUAUGUAGCCUACCUGGUCCGUAGCAGGCAGGGACUACUGACCACUAUUGCUCACCUGGAGAAGCUGUUGUCGAGAAUUAACGCAGAUGGGGCCGUGGUAAUGUCGUCCAUCGUUGGGGUGGCCAGAAUGUUCCUCGAGCGUAGGGAACAUAGUCUCAGCCGGUUCACCCACGACUUCACCGUACUGACUGUUCCCGAUGAGAAAGUUCAGCUGAUCGAGAACUUCUUGUCCCAACUGUACUCUGAGUUGGAACGAGACCCGAUGUGGAUUAGCAGCACCAACGAGCAGUUGCACGCAGCACAGUUGGCCCUGGAACGAGUGGUUAUGUCACAUAUCUACAUCCAUGCCUUGUACCCCAACGGUGACGGAGAUGUGUCCAGAGACCAGGUUUUGCACGAGCAUAUGAAGAAACUGGCCGCCAUCACCCCAACUCACAAGGAUCUACGGAUUCCAAAGCUGUACCAGUAUGAGUGUCCGUGGCCCAGUGCUCAGGCAGAGAUAGUGUGCAUCAGCGCCUACAAGACACCAGGUGACAAACUACAGUGUGUGGUCCGAGCCUCCCAGACCAUAAUGAACCUGUUGUCUCUAGCACACGAUCAAUCAGUCCCGGCAGCUGACGACUUUAUGCCCGUUCUUGUUUACGUGCUCAUUAAGGCCAAUCCACCGGCUCUGCUGUCCACAGUCCAGUACGUCAACCUGUUCUUCGAGAAGCGGCUCAGUGGUGAAGACCAGUACUGGUGGACACAGUUCUGUGCAGCUAUUGAGUUUAUCAAGACUAUGGAUUAUAUGCUGUGAUGACCCCGGUAAGCAAGCGAAUGUGUCAGGAUCCUGUUCGUGAGUGCGGGCGAUGGUAGGUCGGACGGUCGUAACUCGGGGACUGCCUGUAAUGUAAAUAUUAAAAUAAGACGUUUGAUUUAUCGACAACAACAACCAUCUGUGAUUUAUUAUUGUGGUUCCUUUAAAAUUUAUGGUGUGUACAGUGGAACCUAUUAUGUUAAUGGUAGUACCUCAAUCUAAUGGUCUUAACUUAUGUAAACAGUAGGUAAGACAACUUUCUGUGUUUACUUUAUGGGAAACAAUAUAGAACUGUGGAUGAUAAAUAUUGGUACUAUAUGAAG